GGCUUAUGGGUAAAGAGCGCUGCUGCUGCUGUCGUCGUGUUGAUGUCAGAGUCACAAACUUGAGCUGGAAUAUUGAGGAACGGAUCCGCAAUAGCGGCAGACGGAUCUAUCGAGUCUACUGAUGAGAUGCGGACACACAUGCUUUGGAAAACGCUUGCGAGGAACUUAAAAUAAUCCAAUUUAUACGGAAAUCCUUGUACAGGAUCGAAUAAAACGCGCUGGCGUGUUGCAGGAAUGCGUUUGGAGUUUGUGAUCUGCUAAACUCAACAGAUUCUCACUUUUGAAAAGCUGCUGGGUUGUUUAUGAACUGGGAAGAUUUGAAGUCAGGAUCAGCCAGGAGAGGAGAGGGGGAGAAUAGGGGAGACAGGAGGAGGGGAGGAGAGAAGAGAGGGGUGAGAGGCGGGAGGAGAGGGGCGCCCAGAAAACGCCCUGCUGUUGAAGCGUCUAAAAAUUAAAACUUUAUCGCGCCAUUGACUGUACGGUACAACUCUGUCACGAUGUGUUGGAAAGUUUGAAAGCGAUCGGUUUUUUACAAAUUCACUUUAUAAACUGCUCGAGGGAGGUUUGGGAAAACCUCCGCUGCUCCCAUUGGAUUAUUUUUUCCGCUUUAUUCUGGACAAGUCCGGGGAUCUUUUUUGGAGGGCGGCGAGUCCGAGGCUGUCUAGGCCCACGGCCACCGCUCGACAACUUGAACGAAGGUCUUGUAUAUUUCAUGUGAACCAGAAAAGUUGGGCAGAUCGCUCUUCAUCGCUCAGCCUGGCGCCAGGAGAAGAGAAAAAUGUCGCUGGGAGCGGAGAGAAGGAUGGAAAACCGGCUGAGAAAGCUGGAAGCCAUGAUCAAAGACCCGCGGUCUGCGAUCAACUUGGAAAGUUUGCUGGACUCCAUGAAUGCUUUGAUCUUGGACCUGGACUUUCCGGCCUUACGUAAAAAUAAGAACAUAGAGACCUUCUUAAACAGAUAUGAGAAGGUUAUGUGUCGUAUUCGGGAACUCCAGAUGAAGUCGGAGGAUUUCGAAAGAGUGAAGGUGAUCGGUAGAGGAGCAUUUGGAGAAGUUCAGCUGGUUAGGCAUAAAGCCUCUCAGAAGGUCUAUGCAAUGAAGGUGCUCAGUAAGUUUGAAAUGAUCAAACGUUCAGACUCCGCCUUCUUCUGGGAGGAGCGUGACAUCAUGGCAUUUGCAGACAGUCCGUGGGUCGUACAGCUGUGCUGUGCGUUCCAGGAUGACCGCUCGCUCUAUAUGGUUAUGGAGUACAUGCCAGGAGGAGAUCUUGUCAAUCUCACCAGCACGUAUGACGUUCCCGAGAAGUGGGCAAAGUUUUACACGGCCGAGGUCGUGUUGGCUUUGGAUGCCAUUCACUCCAUGGGCUUCAUUCAUCGAGACGUCAAACCAGACAACAUGCUGCUGGACCGCAACGGGCACCUCAAACUCGCAGACUUCGGGACAUGCAUGAAAAUGGAUGAGACAGGGAUGGUUCACUGUGAUACUGCAGUUGGUACCCCGGAUUACAUCUCACCAGAGGUACUCAAGUCUCAAGGAGGGGACGGUUGCUAUGGACGGGAGUGUGACUGGUGGUCAGUCGGAGUAUUUAUCUACGAGAUGCUGGUCGGUGAUACACCAUUUUACGCCGAUUCUCUGGUGGGGACCUACAGUAAGAUUAUGGAUCAUAAGAACUCGCUUAACUUCCCCGAUGAUGUUGAGAUUUCUCAAGAAGCCAAAAACAUCAUCUGCGCCUUCCUAACAGACAGAGAAAUUCGGCUUGGUCGAAGCGGUGUAGAGGAGAUUAAAAAACACCCUUUCUUCAAAAACGACCAGUGGACCUUCAGCACCAUUAGAGAGACUUCAGCUCCUGUGGUUCCAGAACUAAGCAGUGAUAUAGACACUAGUAAUUUUGAUGAGAUAGAAGAGGAUAAAGGAGAAGUUGAGACCUUUCCUGCAACCAAAGCCUUUGUUGGCAAUCAGUUGCCCUUUGUUGGCUUCACCUACUUUAAAGAAGACCAGUUGUUGAAAGAUGUCAACAGUUCAGCAAUGAGAAACGAUCACCCCACAUCCAGCAAUAUAGAGGACAAUUUAGCUCUCCAGAAGAAACUUCACUCCCUGGAGGAGCAGCUCAAUAUUGAGAUGCAGGCCAAAGAUGAACUGGAGCAAAAAUACAGGAGCAACUUCAGCCGCCUGGAAAAGAUCACCAAAGAGCUCGAUGAAGAGAUAAAUGGCAGGAAAGUGUUGGAGACGUCUCUGAGACAACUGGAGAGAGAGAAAGCUCUGUUGCAGCACAAAAGCGUGGAAAGUCACCGCAGAGCAGAAAGCGAAGCUGACCGCAAACGCUGCCUGGAGAAUGAGGUGAACGGUCUGAGAGAUCAGCUGGACGAGAUGAAGAAGAAGAACCAGAACUCGCACAUUUCCAAUGAGAAGAACAUUCACCUGCAGAAACAGCUGGAUGAGGCAAACGCAUUACUGCGAGCCGAGUCUGACGCAGCUGCGCGUCUGCGUAAAGCCCAAGCGGAGAGCUCCAAACAGCUGCAGCAGAUGGAGGGCAAUGUGAGAGAACUGCAGGAUAAAUACUGCAUGCUGGAAAACAGCAAGCUCACCCUGGAGAGAGAAAAUAUCACCCUUCAGGCCGCGCUGGACGCAGAGAAACGAGAGCACACCCAGGGCUCUGAGACCAUCUCUGAUCUGCAAGCACGGAUAUCUGGGUUGGAGGAUGAGGUUAAACAAGUGAGACAGGCUCUGUCCAAAGCUGAGACAGAAAAGAGACAACUUCAGGACAAACUUGCAGACCUGGAGAAGGAGAAGAGCAAUAAAGAGAUUGACAUGACAUAUAAGCUGAAGGUGUUACAGCAGGGUUUGGAGCAGGAGGAAGCGGCACACAAAGCAACAAAAGCUCGACUCGCGGACAAAAACAAGAUCAGCGAGUCUAUCGAAGGAGCCAAAUCUGAGGCUGUGAAAGAUCUGGAGCAGAAGCUGCAGGAAGAACGUUCCUCUAAACAGCGCGUGGAGAACAGGGUUUUGGAAUUGGAGAAGAAAAACUCCAUGCUCGACUGUGACUACAAACAGUCACUGCAGAAGCUCGAGGAACUGAGAAGAAACAAGGAGAGACUCACAGAAGAGGUGAAGAAUCUGUCUCUGAAGAUCGAGCAGGAGGUUCAGAAACGUUCUUUGACUCAGAAUGACCUGAAGGUUCAGAACCAGCAGCUCAGCACUCUGCGGACGUCAGAGAAACAACUCAAGCAGGAGAUCAACCACCUUCUGGACAUCAAACGCAGCCUGGAGAAACAGAACAUGGAACUGCGCAAGGAGCGUCAGGACUCUGAUGGGCAGAUGAAGGAGCUUCAGGAUCAGUUGGAGGCCGAGCAGUAUUUUUCUACGUUGUAUAAGACACAGGUGCGAGAGCUGAAAGAAGAGUGUGAAGAAAAAAAUAAGCUAUAUAAAGACAUGCAGCAGAAUCUACAAGAGUUGCAGGAGGAGAGGGAUUCUCUCGCAGCUCAGCUGGAGAUCACACUCACGAAAGCUGACUCCGAGCAGCUGGCACGCUCCAUCGCGGAGGAACAGUAUUCAGACCUGGAGAAGGAGAAGAUCAUGAAGGAGCUGGAGAUCAAAGAGAUGAUGGCCAGACACAGGCAGGAGCUCUCUGAGAAGGACACCACCAUCACCUCUUUGGAAGAAGCCAAUCGCACUUUGACGAAUGAUGUGGCAAACCUGGCCAAUGAGAAGGAAGAUCUUAACAACAAGCUAAAGGAGGCGCAAGAUAACAUGCAGAAUAUUAGAAACGAAGAGCAGUCCGUUGCGCAAGUGAAACUCACUCUUGAGAAACAGCUGCAGGUGGAGAGAACUCUUAAAACACAGGCGGUGAACAAACUGGCAGAGAUUAUGAACAGGAAGGAGGUCAGAGGUGGUGGCAGUCGCCGUGGAAAUGAUACAGAUGUCAGAAGGAAGGAGAAGGAGAACAGGAAGUUGCAGCUGGAACUUCGAUCAGAGAGGGAGAAACUCAACAGCUCCAUUAUCAAAUACCAGAGAGAAAUCAAUGACAUGCAAGCGCAACUGGCGGAUGAGUCGCAGGUGCGCAUUGAGCUUCAGAUGGCUCUGGAUAGUAAAGACAGCGAUAUUGAGCAACUUCGCAGCCUGCUGAACUCUCUUAACGUCCACUCGCUUGACUCUGUCAGUAUGAGCAGUGGUCCAGAUAUAGACACAGAUGAGUCACUUGCAGAGACGAGGCUGGAGGGUUGGUUGUCUUUACCAGUGAGGAACAACACAAAACGCUUUGGGUGGGAAAGAAAGUAUGUUGUGGUGAGCAGCAAGAAGAUUCUGUUCUACAACAGCGAACAGGACAAAGAGCAUUCCAAUCCUUACAUGGUGUUAGACAUAGAUAAACUUUUCCAUGUGCGAUCGGUAACCCAGACUGACGUUUAUCGUGCUGACGCCAAAGAGAUCCCCAGAAUAUUCCAGAUCUUGUAUGCUAAUGAGGGAGAGAGCAAGAAGGAACAAGAAGAGGCUCUUCCUGGGGACAAGUCCAGCUACAUUUGCCAUAAGGGUCAUGAGUUCAUUCCCACCCUCUAUCACUUUCCCACUAACUGUGAAGCUUGUACCAAACCCCUGUGGAAUAUGUUCAAACCACCUCCAGCCCUGGAGUGCAGGAGAUGCCACAUCAAGUGCCACAAAGACCAUAUGGACAAGAAGGAAGAAAUCAUUGCUCCCUGCAAAGUCAACUACGAUGUGUCUACGGCUAAAAACCUGCUGCUGUUAGCCACAUCUCAAGAGGAACAGCAAAAGUGGGUUGGUCGACUGAUAAAGAAAAUCCCUAAGAAACCUCCGGCACCGGAUGCCCCUCACCGCUCCUCUCCCAGAGUUCCUAGUAAAGUACAAGCCAGUCAAUCCUUGAGAAGACCCAGUCGACAAAUACCACCCAGCAAACCCAGGUUUGUACGCACCACCGUAAGGGAACCUACAGCAUGCGUGGAGAAAUCUGGCUUCAUCUACCACAAGGGUCAUGAGUUUAUGCCUUUAUUCUACCACUUCCCUGCAAACUGCGAUGCCUGUACCAAACCCCUGUGGAACAUGUUCAAACCACCCCUAGCUCUGGAAUGUCAGAGAUGUCAAAUCAAAUGCCACAAGGAGCACAUGGACAGCAAAGAGGAAGAUCUCAGACCAUGUUCUCCAGACCAAUUCAACCCCCAGUUCUCCGCUGGGUGAGAGGAGAACGUGGCCGACCUGGAUAUUGGAUGGGGAAUAUAUUGCUUUCUGUUGGGCAGGACAGCUGUAGGAUGCUUCUGAACCAGCAAAAACCUUUAAGAGUCUUAAAGGUUACAGUCGUGGUGCUUGCCUCGCAUGUUAACACAUUGUUAUUGCAAAUUCCGGCUAACCAGGUGUCAGACAAAAAGCUUGAACCGUGUUGCAUUUAACUGCUGGGAAUACUGAGUUGAAUGGGAAUCCAAGGCCACAGCUUGUGCACUAACAAUGCCACGCACGCACUCAAGUAUGCAUCAUGAUGCAGGUUUCACACAUUUUCACAUAGACCUCUAGCUUUAUUGCACAUAUUUGCUGCUUAUAGCAUAUUGGUCGACCUCAGGAAGCUUUGGCAGGUGAAAUGGUUCAUCUCAACUACACAGAUUACCUCUAAGGUGCCAAGGUGUAUCUUCACCUUCAACUACCUCUAAACCAUACCAGUAAACUUUGUGUUGUGGGAGAUCGAUAAAGGUUUGGUUGAAUGCUCUCUCUCCUCCACCUGCAGGAAUCCCGAUUUAGAGCUUCAGGACUGGCACUGGGCUCUGGAUGACGUGGAUGAUGUAGAUUAUGACCACACAUUUAAUUUCUAAGGAGCAUAUGUAGGGAUGUAUGAGGGUAAAAACAUACAGGCUCUGUUCCAAAACCUAGUCAGCUCCCUAUCCAGGAAGCAUUUUAGGCCACAAUGGACGUGCCCAUGAAAACCGUUCCAUAAAGUUAGAUGCAUUUUUGGCUAAAUUAUAAGGUAAUAAGCUAUGAGGAUUUUGCAAAAAAGAUAAUCCCAUGAUGCACUGCAAUGAACUCUCUUCAGAAGCAUAUGGUUAAACUGUUUUGUUAGAUGCUGCCCAAGUAGGCUAUAGAAAGCAAGGAUGCUCACUAGGUUGUGGGACAUGGCCAUGGAGUGCUUGCUUAUUUUGGCGUACAGUGGAAUUUGGUUGCUGUUGAAGCAGAUGUUUAUGCAUGUGUGUGCGUGUGUUUUGUUUUGUGUGGCCAAGAUGGGAAAUGGAGAGUUGGCCAUAAACCAAACAGAAGUUUCUUUACCAAUUGCUCUGCUCAUAAACACCCUCUCCACCCUCCAAAAACUCAAAUGCUCUUCAACAGUUCAUUCAGUGUAAUCUUAUUAUUUACUUCGAAAGGAGAGGAGGUUUGUUCAGAGAAUUGGAAUUUGGCCUGUUUCUUGUUUGACCUUUGACCCUCUUGCCCUAGUCCCCCCAGACUGGACGUGCCAAAGAUGAGGCGAGCGGACUCCAUCAACAGCAUUCUGAACAAAUAAGUCUGUGUGAAUAUGUGUUUGUUUAACAAACUGUCAAGAAGUCAUUUCAACUGUACUGUAAAAGGAAAAGAGAAUAAGUGCAUCAAAAUAGUAUUUUUUAUUUUAUUGUUACCUUUUGCAAUAAACAUUUGUGACCCUG